UCGUUUCGAACCGAACCGACGCGCGUCUUUUAUUGAUCGCUCGCCUACAGCUGCUACUGCAACUGGCCAUCGAUUCCACCACACGGAACACGCAGUGUUCCAGUGUUCCAAGCUGGUGUUAGUGUCCAAAAAUGGAAAGUAGGGAUUUCGACUACCCCCGAAGUGGGGUUCCCCAGCCCCAGCCGGGGAUACGUCCGCUGGUGGAUCCGGAGGCCCACGGCGAAGUCGAUCCUUCCAUGUACCCCCAACCCAAAGAAGCAACGCACAAAAUCCGGGGCAAAUCGGACGUUCUCGAGAUGAUAUUCGGGCCAGUGGACCAAGAGUUGUUGAUCGUGAAGAGCUUCUACUUUUUCUUUUACUCAGCUUUCGGGUCGCUGUUCCCCCUCAUGGGGGUGUACUUCAAACAGAUGGGCAUGAAUGCGGGCCAGUGCGGGUUCUUGAUCGGGAUUCGGCCGUUUGUGGAGUUCUUGUCGGCGCCGUUCUGGGGCAGCUUGGCCGAUCGGUGGCAGAAGGGGAAGUUGCUGCUUCUGGCGUCGCUCGCGGCUUGGAUCAUCUUCACCGUGCCGUUGGGGUCGAUACAACCGCCCCCGACGUCGUGUAUGGAGAUCAAGAACAACACACCUACCCUAACAGCGCCUAAUGUGAACACCAGAAUGAUAAAUAAGAGAUCAGUGAUGGAGCAAGAAUCGGAAUUUGAACGGUAUACAAGGUUUGAGCGCGCUACGAGACCGAUACCAAACGCGGGUCAAUCGCCAAUUAACGUCGAAUUUGCGUCCAAUUACAAGCCCAAGGACCACGAAAGCUGGGUGCAACCUAUAAUCUCCUCCAUAGUUUACCGCACCCAAGACAUCCAAAAAGCGUUCUUCCUCCUUAUCCUCCUCGUGAUAAUCGGCGAAUUUUUCAGCGCCCCUGCCGUGACGUUGGCCGACUCGGCUGUAAUCACCCUCCUAGGGGAAGACGCCGAUCGGUACGGCCACCAAAGGAUGUUCGGGUCCUUGGGCUGGGGCCUAGCAAUGUUCUUCGUUGGGAUAGCUCUAGACCACUCAACGGCCUUCCCCAACCAUCCCUGCGGUCCCGACAAGAAAGAAAAGAACUACACGAUUUGCUUCGCAACUUUUUCCGUCCUAAUGGGGGCGGCUUUGAUAACAGCAACUCAGAUAACGUUCAAAUACGAUGACCCGCCACCAGCGCCUGCCACCACCACCGAUACCGAAAAACAACCAGCACCCUUGUCGCACGAAGACCAGCUGCAAGCCCAACUUGCCGAACAGUUGCAGUUACCGUCACUUGCCGAUACUCGGGCUUCGGUUAAUGCACAACCAGCCGAAGAAAAAACGAAAAUUUUCGCUCAAACGACCCGCGAAAUGCCCGAAUGGGUCACAGUUCUCCAACAGUUCAAAAAUCUGAAGUGUGCCUCGUUUCUUUUCGUGGCGUGGUUUAUGGGCUUUGGGAUCGGGCUGAUCUUUACUUUCCUCUUCUGGCACUUGCAAGACUAUGGAGGCUCGCCCACUCUCUUCGGAGUGGCUUCUGUUAUCAACCACAUAUCGGAAAUCUUUGCCUAUUUUUUCAGCUUUAGACUUAUAAGGCAGAUGGGGCAUGUGAAAGUGCUCUGUCUUGGGCUGAUUGGUAACACGCUACGGUUUUUGUACAUCUCUUGGCUCUCCAACCCCUGGUGGGUGCUACCGUUCGAAUUCAUGCAGGGAAUCACCCACGCCGCCGUCUGGGCGGCUUGCUGCUCGUACCUGGCCCACAACACCCCUCCGCAGCUGCGUUCGUCCGCCCAGGGCGUGCUCCAGGGCAUCCACCACGGGCUUGGGCGCGGUUGUGGUGCCGUAAUCGGCGGCCUCUUCGUAAAUUCCUUCGGCUCGACGGCCACUUUCCGCGGCUACGGUCUCAUAUGUCUCGUGAUUCUCGGAGCUUUCGUCUUUAUCAACUUCUACCGUGUGGAUCAGGGCUUCGUGUCCGAGUUGCCUCAGACCGAGGAUCCGAGACAAGUGGCCGAAGAAACGUCCCAUCUUGCGCCCCAUGGUGUCCCAAGUAACCCGAUCCCGAGAGCUUUGUCCAGCACCCGACUCCACGAGCUUUCGCAGCAGGACGGAUACGGCGCCACGUACCAGAUGGGCCAAGGAGGGACUCUGGAUAUUCCGGGAGGAGGAGGGAAUAACUCUUUUAUGCAGCAGAGUAGCAACGAUCAGCGGUAUUCGGGGUUCCAGAUGAGUUCUAAUUUGGUGCAGUUUCCGUGUGGAUUUUCGUCCGAGUUUACGACUCUUCAGACGCAACAACCACUCACGACGGCUAGCUCUAGUUACGAUUGGUAAUAAAACACUGCAUCACCGAACAUGUCAUAAAUAUUAUUCAUUUUAUUCAGCGGUAAGUAAUUGGUAGUGGAAUGUAACGAAGGAAAACAAAUUAUCGAAAUCUGAUGUUACACCAUUGAUCUCAUAUCAUUUUAAGUAGAGGUUUAUACAAAGUGUUGUAGGACUAGCAUUAUUAGUUGUUGUAAGCAUUCGAAUUUGGAGAGGAAAAUACUCUAAUCUAUAUUUUAUAUGUUUUUUAAAACGUCUAUAAAACUGAAAUAUCGUUGUUUCUAUCAAUGUUGCAAAAGCGGAGUACAUAUGUGGUAUGCCUCUACGAUUUGCAAAUAUCUUGCGUUAACCAAGUGUGUAAAAACUUAUCGAUAUUGUACAAAAUAGUUGUUAAAGUUGAUUUGUUUGUUUUUAUAUUUAGACUUUAUUUGUUGUAGAUAGUGUACAUUAUAUUUAAAGUGUGGCUUCGUGGUCAUGUUGUCGCACUGGUACAGUCUUGCCCUUAGAACCAGUUUCAUAAUUUAUUAACUACGACUGAUACCUAAUAACAACAAUCAUUGCAAAUAAUUGGAACUGGUUUUAAAUAAUUUCUGUUGCUCUUAAUCACAGUAUAUUUGUUGAUUGUAAGUGUAUAAACUACUCGAAAGGUAUAGCUUUUUAUUGUUUGCGCAUAAAUGCAAGGGGGAACUGCUAGUUGAUGUUUGAUUUAAGCAAAAAUGUUCCGUCUUGUGUUUACGAAACACUAAGUGACAUCCUUAGUCCAUACAUAUCCAGAAAAAGUAUUACAUAACGAACAGUUGUUGAAAACAAUCUAUUAUUUAUAUAAAAGGCACCUUGUAUUUAUCUGUAUAUGUGAAAUAUAAUAUAGUCGCACUACGAUGUUACUUAA